CGAGCGGCGAGCCGGACGCGUGACGGGCCCCAGACAUUUGUUGUUUGGGGGAGGGUUGGGCCUCGUUAAUUAUUCAUGAGACUGCCGGAGCUCCGCGCCGCGAUUGGCGCGGGGGCAGCGGCGCCCCCCGGGCCCGAGCUGGGCGGGGGCGGGACCGCGCAUAUAUUAUGCAGAUGAGCGCUCCGGGCGGGGGGGGAGGCCGGCUCGGAAUUAGCCUAAGUUAUUAAAGAUGGCGGCGGAGCGGUGUCGCUCCCCGAUGGACGCGCCGGUCCCGGCCUCGAUGUUCGCUCCCGAACCCAGCUCCCCGGGGGCGGCCCGGGCCGCGGCGGCCGCCGCCCGCCUCCACGGCGGCGGCUUCGACUCGGACUGCAGCGAGGACGGCGAGGCGCUCAACGGCGAGCCGGAGCUGGACCUCACCAGCAAGCUGGUUCUAGUGAGCCCUUCGUCAGAGCAGUAUGACAGCCUGCUGCGGCAGAUGUGGGAGAGGAUGGACGAGGGCUGCGGAGAGACCAUAUAUGUCAUUGGGCAGGGAUCAGAUGGGACUGAGUACGGGCUGAGCGAAGCCGACAUGGAGGCCUCCUACGCCACGGUGAAGAGCAUGGCCGAGCAGAUCGAGGCCGACGUCAUCCUCCUGCGGGACCGGCAAGAAGCCGGGGGCCGCGUGCGCGACUACCUGGUCCGGAAGCGAGUGGGCGACAAUGACUUCCUGGAGGUCAGGGUGGCCGUGGUGGGCAACGUGGACGCCGGCAAGAGCACACUCCUGGGGGUCCUGACGCACGGGGAGCUGGACAACGGCCGCGGCUUCGCCCGCCAGAAGCUCUUCCGCCACAAGCAUGAGAUCGAGUCGGGCCGCACGAGCAGCGUGGGCAACGACAUCCUGGGCUUUGACAGCGAGGGCAACGUGGUCAACAAGCCCGACAGCCAUGGCGGCAGCCUGGAGUGGACGAAGAUCUGCGAGAAGUCCACCAAGGUCAUCACCUUCAUCGACCUGGCCGGCCACGAGAAGUACCUGAAGACCACCGUGUUCGGCAUGACGGGCCACCUGCCCGACUUCUGCAUGCUCAUGGUCGGCAGCAACGCUGGCAUUGUGGGGAUGACCAAGGAGCACCUGGGCUUGGCGCUGGCGCUCAACGUGCCCGUGUUUGUGGUGGUCACCAAGAUUGACAUGUGCCCCGCCAACAUCCUGCAGGAAACUCUGAAGCUGCUGCAGCGUCUGCUGAAGUCCCCGGGCUGCAGGAAGAUCCCGGUGCUGGUGCAGAGCAAGGACGACGUCAUCGUCACCGCCUCCAACUUCAGCUCCGAGAGGAUGUGCCCGAUCUUCCAGAUCUCCAACGUCACCGGCGAGAACCUGGACCUGCUCAAGAUGUUCCUCAACCUGCUGUCACCGCGCACGAGCUGCCGGGAGGAGGAGCCGGCCGAGUUCCAGAUCGACGACACUUACUCGGUGCCGGGCGUGGGCACCGUGGUGUCGGGGACUACCCUGCGGGGCCUGAUCAAGCUGAACGACACGCUGCUGCUGGGCCCGGACCCCCUGGGCAACUUCCUGUCCAUUGCCGUCAAGUCCAUCCACCGCAAGCGCAUGCCCGUGAAGGAGGUGCGCGGGGGCCAGACGGCCUCCUUCGCGCUGAAGAAGAUCAAGCGCUCGUCCAUCCGGAAGGGGAUGGUCAUGGUGUCCCCGCGCCUGAACCCCCAGGCGUCCUGGGAGUUUGAGGCCGAGAUUCUUGUCCUCCAUCACCCCACCACCAUCAGCCCCCGCUACCAGGCCAUGGUACACUGCGGGAGUAUCCGGCAGACGGCCACCAUCCUCAGCAUGGACAAGGACUGCCUGCGCACCGGGGACAAGGCCUCCGUGCACUUCCGCUUCAUCAAGACCCCCGAGUACCUGCACAUCGACCAGCGGCUGGUGUUCCGGGAAGGCCGCACGAAGGCCGUGGGCACCAUCACCAAGCUCCUGCAGACCACCAACAACUCCCCGAUGAACUCCAAGCCUCAGCAGAUCAAGAUGCAGUCGACAAAAAAGGGUCCCCUGACUAAACGAGAAGAGGGGGGCCCCUCCGGAGGGCUGGCAGGAGGGGUGCCCCCGCCUGGAGAAGAUGCAAGCUCGCUCGGAGCUGCCCAGCCGUCGGCGCCCGGCAGCCUCCAGCCGCAGCCCAAGCCCGGCAGCGGGGGCCGGCGCCGCGGGGGCCAGCGCCACAAGGUGAAGUCCCAGGGGGCCUGCGUCACGCCUGCCGGCGGCUGCUAGAGUCCCGCAGCCCACCCGCCCCGGGGUCCUCGGGCCCCGCCGUCACUCCAGCAGGUGGGCCCGCGUCCCUGCUCGCCCGGGAGAUGCGCGCCCCACCCCGUUUCCGGGGGACUGUAAUUUAUAAGCUGAGGAGGGGCCCGCUUCCCGAGGGCUGACCGUCCCGCCUCUCCCCGCCUCCCCUCACAGUUUUGUAUAUAUGGGCCCUUAGUUUUUAUUCUUUUUAUUAUCUAUUACCCGCCGUCCUUGGCUGCCCCUCGUGGGAGAGAGGCCGGGAGAGGGAGGUUGCACGUGCGAGGUGCAGGGGUGCAGCGGGCCAGGGCCUGGGCCUGGCUCCCCCCAGUCCCUUUCACGGCCCCCUGCAGCCCCCCCGCACCCCUCCCCCUCAGCUCGCCCCACCGGCCUCGUCUGCCUGCCUGUCUCAGCCUGUCGGGCUGUGAGCUGAGGAAGGAGGUGCGCCCCCGCCCCCCACACACACCCCUGCCCGUCCCCGGCCGCAGAGGCCGAGCGCAGCCGUCUCCUAUCCGAGGCUGGGGGAGCAGCGAGGUGGGGCUCCCCGUGGGCCUGCUCAGGGUCAUGCUUGCCGGCACCUCCGUGCGGGGGCUCGGGGGUUCCUCCACGAGGCCCGGACUGGAAUCCCCCUCCCCACCUGCCCCUGCCCUGUCCCCGUGUGGCCGUGGGGCCGGAGCCGGGGUGGGAGAGGCCUCCCGGCACCUGCUGGGCGCGUCACUGCCCGGGGGGCUGGGGGGCUUCAGGCCCGGCGGGCACACACCCAGCUGGCUGGGUCCUCCCUCGGCCCCGCCCCCCCCCCCUCUUCCUUCCCGUGGCUGCCCCUCCCCCUCCUUCCAGCCGUCCUCGUUGCCACUGACCGUGGCCGUGGACUGACCAGACCAGCACACGCGCAGUUUGUUCCAGGGUGACUGUGCCCAGCCCGGAGCCCUGGGCACGUGGGGGGCUGCGCCUUGGGCCUCCCGGGACCCGGCACAGGAAGUCGGGCCCGUCCCCCACGUGGCAGAGCGGGCUGUGCCCGGGGCGAGGACGUGGGCGUGCGUGGCGGGUUUCUGCACAGGGAGAGCGUCUGACCCGCCCUGCCGCUGCCCCCCUGCCCACGUGUGCCCGCCCCUGCGUGUCCCCACAGGCUGUGGCUGGGAGGGGGCUCCGGGCGGGCGGGAGCCGGGCCACAGGGCCCUGGGCCGCUGUCUGGGACGAGCACCAGCCCUUUUGUUGAGAGAAUAAAGAUGUUAACUCAGACCUGAA